AUGGCUACAUCCAAGAAAAACAAGAAGGCGUUGAAAGAUGACGAUCUCAACGAUCUUAAACAGGAGCUGGAUAUGGAUGAACAUCGGAUAUCGCUAGAAGAGCUGUAUAUGCGGUUGUCCACAGAUCCUGUUAAUGGGCUCACUGCGGAACAGGCAAAAACAAGACUAGAGCGUGACGGACCGAACGCUCUUACUCCUCCUAAAACGACACCAGAGUGGGUGAAAUUCUGCAAACAACUUUUUGGUGGAUUUUCCUUACUUCUUUGGUUCGGUGCUGUGUUGUGCUUCAUUGCCUUUUCAAUCGAAAGCAGCACAUAUGAAGAACCCCCAAAGGAUAAUCUGUAUCUGGGUAUCGUGUUAACGGCUGUCGUGUUGAUUACUGGUUGCUUUUCGUACUAUCAAGAGUCUAAGUCGUCCAGAAUUAUGGAGUCGUUCAAAAAAAUGAUUCCCCAAACUGCCAUGGUCACUCGGGGUGGUGUGAAGAUCGAGGCCCCAGCUGAGGCCUUGGUGGUGGGCGAUUUAAUUGAUGUGAAGUUUGGUGACCGAGUACCUGCGGAUAUUCGAAUCAUCAAUGCAUGCUCCUUCAAGGUGACUGAUCUCACAGAGUCUGACAACAAGUCUAGUAAGGUACAUUGUACUCGCUCCAACCUGAUUGACUCAGCAGCCGUGCAGGGUACUUGCAAAGGAAUUGUAGUCAGCACGGGAGAUCGCACCGUCAUGGGGCGGAUUGCGAAUUUGGCUUCUGGUCUUCAAAUCGGUCAGACGCCUAUUAGCAAAGAAAUCAGUCAUUUCAUCCACAUAAUUACCAGUGUGGCUGUGUUCUUGGGUGUAUCGUUCUUUGUCAUCGCUAUGUGUCUUGGCUACCAUUGGUUGGAUGCCGUGAUCUUCCUCAUCGGUAUAAUUGUGGCUAACGUUCCCGAAGGUCUUCUUGCCACCGUUACAGUCUGCCUAACGUUGACUGCCAAACGAAUGGCCAGCAAGAACUGCUUGGUUAAAAAUUUGGAGGCUGUUGAGACUCUGGGUUCAACCAGCACCAUUUGCUCAGAUAAAACGGGUACUUUGACGCAAAAUCGAAUGACAGUGGCUCACAUGUGGUUUGAUAACAAGAUUUAUGAUGCAGAUACUACCGAUGAUCAAUCAAGUAAGUGUUCUCGUGUUGCCAUGCUGUGCAAUCGCGCUGAAUUCAAAGCUGGGGAAGAAAACAAACCUGUAUUGAAGCGUGAAUGUAAUGGCGAUGCUUCGGAAUCGGCACUGUUAAAAUGCGUAGAGCUUUCGUUUGGCGGAGUAACUGAUUACCGCCGCAAGAAUCCUAAAGUUGCUGAAAUCCCGUUCAACUCUACCAACAAAUAUCAGUUGUCAAUUCACGAAACCAGCGAUGGAGAUGACCGUUAUUUAAUUGUCAUGAAAGGGGCACCUGAGAGAAUAUUGGAUCGUUGCGGCAGUAUCCUGUUGAAUGGUAAAGAGGAGCCAAUGACUGAUGAAAUGCGGGAUCAAUUCAACAACGCUUACCUUGACUUGGGUGGAAUGGGAGAGCGUGUUUUGGGUUUCUGUGAUCUACGUCUUCCCAAAGAAACCUAUCCGAAAGGUUUCGCUUUUAAUGUGGACGAACCCAACUUCCCGGUGAGCAACAUGCGAUUUGUCGGCCUCAUGUCCAUGAUUGAUCCUCCUCGUGCGGCUGUCCCUGAUGCCGUGGCCAAGUGUCGAUCUGCCGGAAUCAAGGUGAUCAUGGUCACAGGUGACCAUCCUAUCACGGCUAAAGCAAUCGCCAAAGGUGUUGGUAUCAUUUCGGAAGGUACAAAAACUGUAGAUGAUAUUGCUGCUGAAAGAGGUAUUCCAGUCCGCCAAGUAAAUCCGCGAGAUGCAAAGGCAUGUGUUAUCCAUGGGACUGAUUUGCGUGACAUGACUCCAGCUCAAAUCGAUGAAAUUUUGGUUAAUCACAGUGAAAUUGUGUUUGCCCGAACUAGUCCUCAACAGAAGCUGAUCAUCGUGGAAGGUUGUCAACGCCAGGGUGCAAUUGUUGCCGUCACCGGAGAUGGUGUCAAUGAUAGUCCCGCCUUGAAACAAGCUGAUAUCGGAGUUGCCAUGGGUAUUGCAGGAAGUGAUGUCAGUAAACAAGCUGCCGAUAUGAUCUUGUUGGAUGAUAACUUCGCUUCUAUUGUCACUGGAGUAGAAGAGGGCCGAAUUAUUUUCGACAAUCUGAAAAAGUCCAUUGCCUAUACUUUGACCUCUAACAUUCCGGAAAUCACACCUUUCCUCGUCUACAUCUUGGCUGACGUUCCACUUCCAUUGGGUACAAUUACCAUUCUGUGCAUCGACUUGGGGACCGAUAUGGUGCCUGCUAUUUCACUGGCUUACGAGGAAGCUGAGGCUGAUAUCAUGAAACGUAUGCCACGCGAUCCACUGCGGGACAAACUUGUCAAUGAACGGUUGAUUUCUAUGGCUUACGGUCAGAUCGGUAUGAUUCAGGCAUCUGGCGGAUUCUUUGUUUACUUCGUUAUCAUGGCUGAGAAUGGUUUUACUCCAACGCGAUUGCUAGGUAUUCGUGAGGCCUGGGACUCUAAGGCCGUCAGCGAUUUACCGGACUCGUAUGGACAAGAAUGGACCUACCAGCAACGCAAGGAUCUAGAGUACACGUGUCACACUGCGUUCUUCGCCUCUAUUGUGAUAGUGCAACGCAAUUCUAUUUUCCAACAAGGAAUGUGGAACCACCAGCUCACAUUUGGGCUUUUCUUCGAAACGACUUUGGCCAUUUUCCUGUCGUACUGUCCUGGAUUGGACAAGGGUCUGCGCAUGAUGCCUCUACGAUUCACUUGGUGGUUGCCGGCGCUGCCGUUUAGCUUGCUCAUUUUCGUCUAUGAUGAAGUUCGCAAACUGCUAUUGAGGAAGCUACCACCGAAUUCCUGGCUGGAACGCGAAACAUACUACUAA